AUGGAAGAUAUCUUUCACGGCAGCUUUUACACCGAACCGUCCUUUGACGGUGCUUUUUUUAACGACGGCUUCACUCCGGAGAAUCGAGCCGGUUUUGGCCUCACAGAUGAGCAGCUGAAUUCGAUUGUUAAGUACAGAGACAUAGAGUGUCCUUCAACAGCUAACACCGCGGAAUACCAUGAGUUGUCUACCCUUUCAUACGACAAAACUCCACAAUGCCAAGCGUCAUGCCAGACGCUUCUGGACAGUACACCUACAGCCCUGGAAGUGCUGGAUGAAAUCUGUCUUGGUAAUAACACACUGGAAAAUACUGAGACCACAGGAACCUACGACGAUAAUGCUUGCUCACGACAAAGCUGCGGACAACCUUUGAAAAAAAUGCGCCGUCUUCGCGCCAACGAUCGGGAACGGCGUCGGAUGCGAUCUUUGAACAGAGCAUUAGAAAGCCUCAAGAAAUGUCUACCAGUCCCACAAAGCAAGCGGCGCGUGACCAAGUUAGAAAUUCUCCGAAUCGCUUGUAAUUACAUCCGGUCACUGUCAGACGCUCUCAGCGAAGAUUCACGAGGUAACGACGGUCCGAGUCGAGGAAGAAAGUCGCGAUCCCGUGGAAUUGUCGGCGAUCCCGUUGUUAACGGGUUUUCAGUUGCCCAAAGGUUAGAAAUUUUGUCAGGAAACAACACAAAUCGUAUUUGA